UGCCCAAGCAUCUUUAUGAAGGUGUGAAAGGGGGGGGGUGAAGUCCUUGGAAUCAAAGAGUGAAACCUUUGAUUUUCCAGACCCUGAUAUUUUAAUGCCAAUAAUCCCUAUACAUCCCCCCCCCCAAAAAAAAGGGACAAAAACUCUCAACUAAAAAAAAAAAGAUAGCCUAGAUAACAAUUUCUAAGCCACGUUUCUCCAAGGCUUUUUAACAAGCCUCUUGACUCAUCUUGCUCCUGCCUGCAAUCCGAACCCAGAUUGUUCUCACUUGGGCCCAGCUACUGUCUUCCUGCUUCCCAUCUCCCCGCUCCUGGUCUCUCUCUUGCUCACCUGGCUCAGCUGAUCCCAGCCAAAGCAACUCUAGCCUCCAACCCAGAUGGCUCAUUGCACCAGGCCCAGCCCCAGGACCCAGGCUGCUGGUAGCAGACCCAAUUUCUUCAGGAUCAAAAACCAGCUGGGUGAAGACAUCAGAUCAGAGACAUUGUCCGAUUUGCCCAGGGUCACACAGCUAGAGGCUGAGGGGGAAACAAAGACAGAUGGAGAAACUGCAUCAGACAAUGAGAGCCGAACAGAACCUGCCCCAGUACCCACUUCUGAUGAUACUCCUGAGGUCUUCAAUCGGGCAUUGUCAAAGCUGUCAUCAAGAUGGAAAAACUGGUGGGUGAGAGGCAUCCUGACUUUGGCUAUGAUUGCCUUUUUCUUCAUCAUCAUUUAUUUGGGACCCAUGGUUUUAAUGAUGAUUGUGAUGUGUGUUCAGAUUAAGUGUUUCCAUGAGAUCAUCACUAUUGGCUAUAAUGUCUACCAUUCAUAUGACCUACCUUGGUUCAGGACCCUCAGUUGGUACUUUCUACUGUGCGUGAAUUAUUUUUUCUAUGGUGAAACAGUGACUGAUUACUUCUUCACUCUGGUCCAAAGAGAGGAGCCUUUGAGGAUUCUCAGUAAAUAUCAUCGCUUCAUUUCCUUUGCUCUUUACCUAACAGGGUUCUGCAUGUUUGUACUGAGUCUUGUUAAGAAGCAUUAUCGGCUCCAGUUCUAUAUGUUUGGUUGGACUCAUGUAACCCUGCUUAUUGUUGUGACCCAGUCCCAUCUCAUUAUCCACAACUUGUUUGAAGGAAUGAUCUGGUUUAUUGUCCCCAUUUCAUGUGUGAUCUGUAAUGACAUCAUGGCUUAUAUGUUUGGCUUUUUCUUUGGUCGGACCCCACUUAUCAAGCUUUCUCCAAAGAAGACAUGGGAGGGCUUCAUUGGAGGAUUCUUUGCCACUGUGGUGUUUGGGCUUCUGCUUUCUUAUUUAAUGUCUGGAUACAGAUGCUUUAUCUGCCCUGUGGAGUUCAACAAUGACACUAACAGCUUCACUGUGGAUUGUGAGCCCUCGGAUCUUUUCAGACUUCAGGAAUAUAACAUCCCUUUGGUGCUUCAGUCUGUCAUUGGCUGGAAAACAGUCCGGAUGUAUCCCUUCCAGAUCCACAGCAUUGCUCUUUCUACCUUUGCCUCUCUCAUUGGCCCCUUUGGAGGAUUUUUUGCUAGUGGCUUCAAACGGGCCUUUAAAAUCAAGGAUUUUGCCAAUACCAUCCCUGGCCAUGGAGGCAUUAUGGAUCGCUUUGACUGCCAGUACCUGAUGGCUACUUUUGUCAAUGUGUACAUUGCCAGUUUUAUCAGGGGACCUAACCCAAGUAAGCUGAUUCAACAGUUUUUGACUUUACGUCCAGACCAGCAGCUUCACAUCUUCAGCAUGUUAAAGGCUCACCUUCUUGACAAGGGGAUGUUGAUUGCCAGCACUGAAGAACAGGAGGCACCUUAGAAAGAGGACAGUAGGAUCAGAACUGAGCUCUAGGGCAAGUCUUCAAGUCAAUCCCAGCUUCUGUGACUUUUAAGACCAUUACAAGACCUCAUUUCACUGUUUUUCUUUUUUGUAGAAAAUUUUUUUUUGUGCUGUGGGUUUUAAAGAAUAUCUAUUUAUAUACACAUAUUCUGAAUAUGUGACCAAGUGCGUAAAUCAGAGCUUUGAAUUGGAACGAGAUCACAGAUAUUAAUCUUUUUUGGGUGUAUCCAGACCCUUUAAAUUUAAAAGUCCGUCUGUCCUCUAUUUCUAGAGCAGAACAGCCAAAUAUGGGCUGAUGGCCAAACCACAGAGUAAACUUCAUCUACUGCUGCAGCCUGUCUAGCUAGUUUAAAAUUUGGACCUGAAUUACUUUGCAGUAGCUUUCAUAGAAAGCUUUCGACAUAGACCCUUUUCAAGUUUCAGCAUCAACUUUGGAAAGAAAACAAAGUUACCUUCUGCUGUGGAAGGAAAACAUGACAAAUACUUAUUAAUUUAAAAAAGCAUUUUAAUGAGAUGGACAUUUCAUUUAAGAAAUCCUGUUUUGAGUGAACACUGCCAUAAUUUGCUUUUCACUUUUACUCCACUGCACCUUAAAAAAUGUUUUUUGGUUUUAGUUAAAAACAAACAGGAAACCAUGGAACUUGAGAAGUGAUUUUAAAAUGAAGUCUGGAGGGGGGGAAGGGGAGUGCCCACACAAUAGUAUUUCACCUGUUUACAAGAGAGCACAUCUAGCCAAUGUACAGUUUUUUCACAUUAUUAGACAUAAGCCCUAGCUGGAAUAGCAUAGCUGGUUCUGUCACUCUUCAGGGAUCAUGUUACUCAUGUCUGUCUGCUGUAUUUAAGCUGGAGACUUGAUGCUGCUGAAUCAUUUCUGUUGAUUUUGUGUUUUUUUCUUUGAGCACAGAGUUGGGGGUAGAGGUAGGGUUGGCGUCUAGCCUAUAGGCUCUUUGCUUUAUCUUUUACUUCGUUGACUUAAAUUGUACUUGUUGCACUGGUGGUAUCUGUGUAAAUAUUCACCUAUUUGUUAAUUAUUAUGUUUCUCAUUUAAAUGGAAUUGCUACAAACCCAAUUUGAGUCCUUGAGAACCUUUGUACAGUUCUGAAUACCUUGAUGUAUAAUCAGUUUCUGACAUUGCCAAUUUUAGCUUACUUUGUCUUUUCCCAGGGGUCUUAAAAAGGGAAAAAAAACCAAGCUGCAACUUUUUUUCCCUCUCAGUAUAGAAUGAAAUGGAGGAGACAAGCUUUCUACCUGCCUGGAAAUGCAGCCAGGCACCCAGGGGUGACUGAAGAGAGAGAACUUGGUAGCAUGACAGAGGUUGUUUAGAUCCUGCUGUGCCAGGGAUCUUUCUCUGUUGAAAAUGGAAAUAUGUAAUCUGAUAUGAUGUGAUUUCCUUGGCACCUCAGUCUGUUUAGUGGUAUCUUUUAUUAACUUCGUUAUCUUUCCAAAUGUAUUAGGCCAAAGCCCCUAGGAUCCCAGGCACAGCCCUGGACCUUGUACUAGAAGACAAAUUGGGUAUUGGCUGAGGAAAAGCAAGAGUCACAGCCUAAACCUCUUCAGGCACAUGGAAUGGAAGCAAAUUUGCUGUGAGAGAAUGAACUUUGGUGAUUGUUAGUUUCUAUUUGCCUCUCUUUUUUUCUUUAGUAUCAGGAUCUCCUUAUGAGUAGAGGUUUUGGAGUCUGAAACACCAGUAUUCUAGCCCUGACUUUGCCACUUCCUAGUGGUCUGACUCAUGAAAAAUCAUUUAGCUUGCUUGUGAUACAAUUUCUUCACCUAGAAAGUGAGGGACUUGAACUAGGUAAUUUCUAAGGUUGCUUCCAGCUCUAAAAUGCUCCAAUUCUGGCUGGGCAUGGAUAAACACCAAGGGUGCUUUUGUUAUUAUUUCCUGGUGUCCCAAAAUAAACUUAAAAUUCUUAAGGGGAAAAUCAACAAUGAAUUUUUCACAUUGAAAUCUGACAUCCCAAGUUAAGUUAGCUCUUCCUCUGAUUGUCAGUAAAGUUAGUCUAGUUCAACCAAGGAGGACAUUUUGACUGUACUUGGGGUCAUUGUAGGGCUUGGUAUGGAAAGGGACAUCUCUUAGAUGAAUGUUGAAGUUAACAUGUAGCUUUUGAGGAUGGCAAGAGCAUAAGUAAUGAACUUCUGACUGAGAAAGAACUUAUAAUUUCUUUGUAGACACAUUUUGUUUUUUCCUUCUGCUCUCCUAUAGGAAUUGUUAGCAAGCAAUUGAAUGGAUUAGUUUGAGUUUCAUAUUUAUCAUCAAAAGAUCUAUAUUUCAGUAGUGUGAGUGAUUUUUUUCCCUCACCAUUAUAGAUCUGAAUCCUUCAACAUCUUAGAUGAUGAAUAUUUUCAUCCAAGGCAACUCAUAAAGCACCUCUCCUCUUGGCCAACCUUCAGGUGGAAUCUCACUAGUCGAACUUAACUAGUCUUGGGAUGACUGAUGUGCAGGCAAUGGCUAAUCUUUAUUCAAAGAUUUUUCAGCUUGAUGUAGGACCGGUCAGUUUACAAUGCCUGGUAUAGUCUUUGAGAACCCAGAGUUACUCUCAUAAUUUGUUGAGGUUUAAAUUUCUCCUUUGUUUGUUCCUUGACAAUAGGGCUUACAAGAGGAGUUGUCAAAAGACAGGUAAACCAGAAGGAGAAAGACUGCACCACCCCAAUCAUUCAUAUAGAGUCCCGGAAUAUUAGUCCCAGAAUAACUUGCACUUGAGCUAUAUUUGAGCAUUAGCCUUCCUUUACUGAAUCUCUUCCUUUCUUUAAGAUCAGGAAACAACUUGCUGCUUCCAGUCUGAAAAGUAAAGUCAAAUUUAGGCUUGGAAAUAAUAUUGUGUAAGUAAGCAUCCACUCAGAUGUAGAUGGUAAAGGAACUAAAUGAAUGGGUUAUUAUAACCUAAAGAGCUUCUAGGAAAAGUUAAUCACAUAUUAACAUCUCAUAAAUUUCUUGUUAAGUGUGACUUUGUGACCUAAUUUCAUAUUCUUUGUACAUAACUGUGCCAUUUCCAUUCAUUCUUCCUAAUUGCUGAAAGUUCUGGCAAAAGUACAUUUCCAUUUCAAGCCUGUAAAUUUAUUGCUUUUAAGAAAAAGAAUUCCAAGAUACAUUUAGGUCAUUUUUUUGUCUACAAACUUAAGGGAUUUGCAGUAGCUAUUGGGUGGCACAGAGGUAGAGUAUUGAACUUGGAGCCAGGAAGACCUUCCUUUAUGACCCUGGGCAAGUCACUUUAUCUCUCUCAGGCUUUGCUUCUCAUCUGUAAGCUAGAGGUAAAUAAAAUAGGGAUGAUAAUAGCAACUACUUCCCAAGGUCAUUGUGAGGAUCAAAUGAGAUAAUAUUUGUAAAGUGCUUUGUAAACCAUAAAGCACUAUAUAAAUACUAGCUAUUAUUAAUAGUAUGGUCAUAUUUAAAUAUAUCUACUUUAUGGUAUUUAUACAAGUAUAAUUUAUAGAUUGUUUAUUAAAAUGAAGCAUAGAUCUUACCUUUUAAAAAAAUAUUUUCAAUUUAGAAGCAUUUGUUUUCUCUUUCCCCUCCCUCAUUAUAAAAAAGAAAAAUAAAAAACUCUUGUCACAAUUAUGCAUAGUCAAACAAAACAAAUCUCCACAUCGGCCAUGUCAAAGAAUGUAUAGCUCAUUCUGCAUCUUGAACCAUAGAUCUUUUUAAAGUACAUUUUUAACUUACAAAUUAUUGUAGGUAUCCCCUCUGUUAGCCUCAUGGUGGAAUUUAGUUUUAAGUUCCUGAAGGCUCUGUCAGUAGAGCACAAGCAUUGCCAAGUCCUACUAAACUUGGAGACAGACUUGUCCGUUCAUCUGAGAAAAAAACUUAACUUUUAAGUUUGGCCACAGGGUGAUGAACUUUUCAAUCAUCACAUCUCAUAAGGACCAUCCUCUAUGGUGUGAAGAGUUGAUAAUUUGUAUCAAUUGUAGGAGUGUCCACCCCAAAGAAGUAUAUUUAUGAACUCUUCUCAUUGGUAUCCACCUACUUUUUUCACCUUUCCACCCCACCCUUCAAGCUGUAAUUGACUUUAGUUGAGCAAGGGGGAAAAAAAUCUACCAAUUGAAAGCAAAUGUAUUCAAACAAAAGCCCAUGAAAUAUUUUGAGAAGGGUUAUGAUUCUGAAGUGGUUGGCUUUGUUGGCUAGAGUACCAUGGAUUGAAGCUAAAAACCCUCCCUAAUCAUAAUUGUUGUUUAUAUCAGGCAUGAAAUUUCAGAGGGCCCUGUCCAAUCCCAUCAUCCUACCUCAAAAUCAGUCCACAUGUAUUUGCCCUAUAGAGGAGGGCAGGUAGAUAAUAUGACAGGCCACAAACAUUUUCAGGUUUACAAAAUACUUUCCUCAUAUUAACCCAAUGUGGUGGUACUUCAAGUAUUAUAUUACCCCCAUCUUACAGAUGAGGCGACUGAAACUCAGUGAUGAAGUGUCUUGUUUUGGGUUAGCCAGAGUCCAAAGUUAGAAUUCAUACCCAAUCAAAGGAGAAAGGAUUACAAACUGGAGGUUUGGAAAGAAGAGACUUGAAUUAGUCUGGCUAGGGCAGGAUAAAGAAGGGAAGGGAAGUUUCUGUUAGUAAAGAGUUCUUUGAAAUAACAAGAGUAAAUAAUACCAGAGGAGUUGGUAUUGAUGACCUUUCUAAGAAGCUUUGUCUGGGGCCAGGAUUACAGUUUCUGCUUCUGGCAGGACUAAGAAGAAUAUUUCCUAGUUGCAAGUUCAGCACUCUCUCCAAUAUGCAGAAAAUUAGUGUCUAAAGUGUGUGCACUAAGAGGGCAAAGGAUUUCCUGACCUUGAAAGAAUUACUAUUUUCAGCCUUUUUUCCUUUUAAAAAGUCAGUGGGAUUAAAAAAAAAUUCAUCUAUUUGAUUCUUUUCCCAUUCUCUUUAAUACCAUCCUCUUUCAUCCUUAAUAGCAACUAAGAUAUAUUUUAAGCCUACUUCUUUGAGGAUCUCAUGUUAAUUUGCCAAUUUUCAAGGACAUUAUAUAAUACAAGACCAAAUACUGAAAAAAGGGGCCAAGAGGAGAAAGUUGUUUGUUUUUUUGAACUUAGUGUUCAAAUUUAGAUUCACAUUCCAUCAGAAUGAAACAGGAUGGGAGUGGUAUUUGAAUGUAGAGGUCACCUGCCAGAGCCCCUAUUAUAGAUGCUUCCAUCUAGGCUGGCACCCUGGUGCUAUGGAAAGAGCACUGGAGUGUGGGAGUUGGGAAGCUUUGGCUUGAAUGGCUCUACUACUUAGCAGUCAUGUGACCCCUUGGGAACAUCAUAAACCCUUAGUUUCCUUAUUUAUAAUAUGAGAAGUUUGGACUAAAUGAUUUCUAAGGUUCUUUACAAUUUUACUGCUUUAUGUUCUGUGUUCUAUGAUUCCCACUAGUGCUAAUAGUCUGUGAUUUCUUAUGACUAGAACAGUGCAAAACUUAGAAAAAUCAAUCUUUGUUUCCAGGUACAGUCAUUUUGCCAGCGUUCCUUUGUAAAGGAAACCAGCAUACAGUGUUUUUGGAGAAUAGUCUGUUCCAGGACCCAAGAAUUAUGUUCCAUUGGCAGUUAGGAUUCAGAACAUGGAUUAGUUUUUUUUUUCUUUUUCUUACUCUCUCAUUUGGCAUAAGAUGAAGACUAAACCUGUCAAAUUUGUUUCCCUUGGCUAGGUAUAUUUUCCAGGAGCUCAGUUGGGAAAAGCAAAUUGAAAAAAUAUGUUGACUUGUAGAAGUUUUUCUGUUCUUCAUCAAGUGUUCUUAACCAGAAAAAAGAAGUUGCUUGACUGGGCCUCCUAUAGAUUCUACCUGGUAGUUAUUGCAACAUUAGUUUCUAGUUCCCAGAGAUUUGGGAUUUACUAAUUCAUUCUAAAGUUUUACACCUAAAACAGGAAUCUGUGCAAGAGGUUACUCCCCUUUCUUCCCCUUUAACCUUUUCUCUGCAGCUAUAGUCCUUCAUGGGAUCUUGGUUCACAUUCAAGUGCUUGCAGUUUCAUGGGUGUUCAUACCCUUCCCUAGAAUAGAUUGCAAUCUCUCUGUGCCUUCCUGAGGUUCCAGGGCUGGAAAAAAAAAUUAAUCACCUAUUUGCCAAAUGAUGAGUCUCUCCAAAAUUUAGAUUUUGCUCCUCUGGUAUUGAACAGUCUAUUAGCAGGCCCCUGUUUGAAGCCUUUCCUGUUUAGUACAUAACCAGCCAGAGUCUAUUCUGCUGACAGAACCUGGGAGAGCCCAGGUUCACUUCCACACCCAGGGGAGACAUUGGCACUGAGAACUUUUUCUUCAUAUCAAACAAAAAGAGAGUCCAUUUUUAUGUAGUAAACACUGUGCAUUCUUAAGGACAGAAGAAUAAUGCCAGAGAAUUAUGCUGCUCUCCCUCUGUGUGAGGAGAUAUGUAUGCAUUCAGAGCUUGUCUUAAUGGUUCUGACUUAACUCAUUUUUAACUCCUUUUAUAAACUCAUUAAUAUGCAGAAUGUUGCUGAGUCUGAGCCUCUUAAGGGACUCAGUUGUUUCCAUUUCUAUUUUUGUGAUCUCAGUGCUUAACCACAAAGGUGUAUUGAAUAAGUCAUGGGCCCUGAGACCCUCCUAAACUUUAAAGUGAGGCAGAGCAUCUGGUAUUAAUAUAUAGUGAACUAACAUGAGAUCAUGGAGAACUUUGUCCAGUAAAAUUGAGCUAGUGGCAUGUUUUAAAGCUUAGAUUAAAUUAUUUAGCUUGCUACUGGUACUCUGCAACUGUAAGAUUUUUCAAAAAGGUAUCACAUUUGAAAUCAAGAGAAAUCUGUGGGGCAGUGAGGCAUAGUAGUGGAUAGAGUGGACUUCAAGCUGAGAUGGCCAGCACCAAUUGAGUUCCAGCCCUGAGACGUAAGGUUGUGUGAACUGUAGGCAGUUCACAACCCAGGCAAUUCUUUAAAUUGCAAAGAAGAAAGUAUCAAUCCCUGUUGAUAAGAAGGAGUUUUCUUACCUGGCAUUUCCUUUACCAAGGAAAUCACAGGUCCUGUGUUCCUACUUAUUGCCAUAGUAUUGAUAGACAUGUGCAUGUGUGAUGAGAUGGAGAAGAGCUCCAGCCUGACCGGCUGGAGACCUUCCUUCUUAGCGGACUCUGCUCUAGACCCUGUGGCCUUGGGCAAGUCGCUUGAUCUGACUUCUUUUGUAAAAUGAUGGUAGUCAUACCUGCCUUACCUACUUCAUAGGUUUUAGUUAUCAAAAGGAUGAAAAACCAAUGGGGAAACUGGUUAAUAAAGGAAAGAAAUAAUUUGGCAAUUUUGAAUUAGAAAGACCCUCAUUUACAGAACAAAGUGUUGUCACCCUAAACAAAGUGUUAGGACCUUCAGGGAUCCUUGACUUAUUCUCUUAUUGAUCUAAAUCUUGAAUCUGCCCUAUUUUAAAAAACAAAACAAAACUGUAAAGUGACUAGGAGGUGCCAGACAUUUUACAAAUCUGCCAUUGCUUAGUUUUAUAUUCAUCCUAUUCCUUAGCAUGUUCCCAGAAUUGGGGCCAUAAAACUGGUCUGACCUAGUAAGACAUUUCUUUGAGUUGAAUGGAUGCAGAUUUUCCUCAGUGUAAAGGGUUUCUCCACCAAUUAAAGGUCAUGCCCUUUCCUUCCAUGAGCUUCUGUGACCUGCUUCUUGUCCUAGUGCCACGCUUGUGGCAAUAAGCCUUGUGGGGCCUGGACAGACUGUCUCUCAGAAAGCAGGCGUCUAGUCAUACUGAUCUGCCCUCAGCCUCUUCCCAGCUUAGCUGGACCUGCCAAGCAGAGUUUGUACUGGCUUGACAUGAACUCAAGGUGCUCAUAGUCACUUCUGCACCAAGUAAUGAGGAUUUAAGUGGAGUGUGCUUGCUGUCUGUGUUUGAAAGUCUUGGCACUUGUUAUCACUCCCCAGAACCCCUGAGCCUUCCUAGUAACAUACAUACUCGGGACAUUACAGCAUCAUUUUCUGGUAAUAAAAAAUAGUCAUUGUACCCCACUGUAUUAGGGAUUCUAAAUCACUGCCUCCUUUUAGCUUCACCUGUGCAUGCCACCCUCUAUAGUUUAGAUUGGUGGCAUGGAAAAGGAGGUCUAUAAUGAGCAUUUAUAUAGUGUUUUCAAGCUAGCAAAACCUUUUACAUAAUGAUCUCAUUUAAUCCUUACAACAACCCUACAAGAUGGGUGCUGUUCUCCCCAUUCUCCCCACAUUGCAGGCUGGGUAACUGUCUGAGGCAGGGUUGGAACCCGGGUCUUCCUGACUCAAAUACUAGAGCUUUUGUCACCGCACUGUUGCUGCCUCUGGGUUAGAGAAUUGACCCUGGGCAGUAUGAAGCCAGGCCACCAUUGUGAAGCCUUUGCUGUAAUUCCCUUCAGGAGUGAUGCUUGUGAACAUUUGGGAAGAAUGUUAACUUCUCUGUAGUCACUUUGUCAGACAGCAUGGCAUCCCUCUUGAGCCACUGACAGGUCUUCAGAAUUAUUCCCACUCUUAUUGCCAGGCAUAAAGAGUCAAGACAAAUAAAAGUUUAUUGGGGGAAAUGGCAGUAAUUAGGGUAGAUUGAAGAGCUACUUGGCAAAACAACCAAGCAGAAUUUCACCAAAUUUCUUAUCAGAUUAAUUAGGUUUGGUGAGGAAAAAUCUAGGAAAUGUGUUCAUGGUUGCCAGUUAGGCAGAAGGUCUGGUGCUUGGUUUUGUCUUUGCUUUGGGGCACUUUUCAUGGGACAAGCAAAUCUUCCCCAAUACAAGUACUUCCACAAUACAAGAACAAGUAUACAAUACAACUCUUGGUUAUACAAUUUGGUGAUACAAUCUCAUGAUCUAACAUCAUCAACUCCCUGAAAUCUCCAGGUUUCCCCUGCUAAUAGUGGAUCCUGGGCAGACACACAUGUUCAGCAUACAGGGCUUGGGACACAAUUGUGUGUCCCCCUUGUGGUUGAUAAAUUUCAUAUGGUCAUCUCCAUGCUUCCCAAUGAAGGGUUCUUCUACCUUCUGAUCCUUAGUGGCCACUUGGAACUCCACAAUGAAUGCACUGAUUUGCUCACUGCCUUUCUAGGAGUGGUAGAUGUAGCUCAGUUCAAUGCAGUAAACAUUAAGUACCUAUUGUGUUUUAGGAUCUGGUGACACCAGGACAGAAAGUGGUUCUUGUCCUAGAAGAACUUUUGUUCUACUGGGGAAAAAGGGAUAUGGCAUGUUUGCAAAUAAGCACAAAACAAAGGAGAGUGCUAUCAGAGGGAGAGUUCUAGACAAAAUGCUUUAAGAAAAUCUAAUUGUACAAAGAACAUUUCAAAUCUAUCCUCAUAUACUUCCUAGCAGUGUUACCCCAGGCAAAUCCCUUAAUCCCCGUCGCCUGGCUCUUACUGCUACUCUACCUUAGAACCAAUACACAGUAUUGAUUGUAAGAUGGAAGGUAAAGGUUAAAAAAAAAAAAGAACACUUUCCGAUGGAGAGAUGAGGGAAGGAAGGUGGAGGAGAUGAUGUUUGAGCUGUUCAACUGCUGUUAGUCCCAUUCUUAAAAGGGAGCUUGGUGCUACAGGCUCUGCAUUUCCUUGGAGGAUUCAGGCCUUGAUGGAUGCAAAGGCCUAAGCCCCUUGUAGGAGAUCGGUCUUCCCUUGUCUCCAUCCUGUUCUACUUCCUCUUUUCUUUUGAUUCCCAAGAACAUGUAAGAAGCUAGAAGUGCUUUUGUGACUACUGUGCAUUUGGAAUACAAUUUUUUUAGUUGCCCAUUCUAUCCAACAGCCUCUGUAAGGAGGAAGAGUCAGAUCAUUGACAUCCUCACAGUUUCAAAAAAGGGAAGGAAACUUGGUCAUUUAGUCCAAUUUCUUCAUUUAGUUGGAGGGGAAAUUGAGAACCCAAGAAGGGGAAUGAUUUGUCCAAGAUUUCCCCAUACAUUAGUGUCAGAGCCAGGUCUGAUUUUCCAUUCUGGUCUUCUUCUCAUUACAGUGCAUUGCACUCUCGGUGUCAAGUCUCAAGGCUUCUGAUGCAUUGUGCCUCAGUCGAAAUGCCAGCUCAGUAAAGUGGAAAGGAAGAAGACAUCCCUCAGUAAUUAACUCCUCCAGGCUAUUCUUGGUGUAACAUCUGGACAGAAGCAUACCCAUUUCUUAUUUCCGUCCUCUGAUCAGAUUUGGACUUAGCUUCCCUGAAGUAGUGUUCUCUGUGGGUAACUGAAUCUUUCUUUUUAUUCGACUUAUGCCAGAUCACCCUAUGCUAAGGAGUCAGCCUCAGUUUUACAUAAAGGUGGUGUCUGAAUGCACUUUGGGGCAAACCUCUUUCUCCAAAGCCAGCAGAGGGAGCUGACAAAGCUGGACUUUACCUUGAGUGCUAAUACUGCAUCUCAGUAGAUUAGUGAAAGAAAGGCCCAAGGAAUGCUUGCCCCUGCAGACCCUUGUAUGAACUGGAUCAAGUUGGGAACAUGGAAUUCUGACCUGACAGACCCUAGCAAGUUGGUGUCUCAUUUCAGCUCUGGCCAAAAGCACCCUUUCUAUGUAUGUCAUUGUAAGAUGCUCCGGCAACAUAUUACUGCCAGUUUCUAUUUGUUUUUUUUAAAAGCAAUCUUGCAUUUUAACAUCAUGGGGUGGAGGUAGAAGUUGAUAGGCUUUGAACUAAAAGAAAAAAGCUCCCUUGUUUCUCUGAGGCCUCCUUUCCUUAUCUCCAACUUCCCCGACUCAAGAAAAACCCCACCAUUUUUUUCCUUUAGUACUUUAAUGGAACCAUGAUCCUAUUGGGGUAGGACCUGUCUCCACCAGUAUAGAUUGUGUGUACCUCAUCAGUGCAGUAUAUAAUGUUGGACUUAAGAGUCAUAAAGACCUGGGAUCAAAUCCCACCCGAGAUACCCACUAGCUCAGUCACCGUGGGCAAAUUAUAUAGUCUCACUAACCUUUAGUUUCCUCAUUUGCAAAAUGAGGGGAUUGGACUUGUGACCUCUAAUGUCCCUUCCAAAUCUAUGAUCCUGUGCAAGGAAUUUUUGUCCAUUUUUAAGCGGCAGGUGGGAAGAACUGGGAUUGGGGAAAGCGUAGAAAUGGCUAGAUCUUCAUAGAAGAUUUGGCCCUGUGAAAUACACAUACAUGUAUUUUUAAAAAUAAAAACUAAGUAUUUCAGCUUCUUAAAACAUGUUAUCUUUAAGACAUUAAGUCACGUUUCUGUAGCAUUGUAUCAUUUACUAAGUGCUUUCCUCUCAAUGACGGGUGAGGGAAAUAGGAUUCUUUUUCCAAUAGAUUUCUUGCUUAAGAAACACACUAGGGGGAUUCUGGCCUCAAAUAUUUUGAUUUGAUUCCUGUCAAGAGAAGCAAAUAGUUAAUUCUGGAGCAGAGAAUAGAUUCCUAUUUGACUCUUAGGGAGAGGAGGAAGCAUCUAGGUGACUCCUUAGUGAAAAGUGGGAGAAUAGCAUAUGGGGAAGGCAAUGAGGAAUGGUGUUUUUCACUUGAGUGAAUUUUGGAGAGGCUGUUGGACAAGAGGAUCCAUCGAGUCCCCAAGCAAGCUGAAGUAUUCAGAUCAUCCUGUGGAGAUGAACGGUAAUUGGGAGAUUAUUGGUGAUUGACAUCUUGAACAGAACCAGACUUUAAAUUUUCAUUAAUCCUUAGAAGAAGGUGAUGAUUUAUUUCAGAGGGAAUAAGGAGAAAAUAUGAAUGAGGGUCAAUAAGAUUUGGUAUGAAUAGGAUUUGUGGUGAUGGAGCUCAAGAGCCAGGACUUUUGCCAAGAUGGCACAAAUUCCUUGUAUGUCCUAGCUGAUUAGAGGAAAAAUACUUUAGAAUUGUAAAUAAACCAAAUUUGGUAAAGCCUGUUUAGAAAUAGAUUAUUUCAAAGACUUCUGAGCCCUGUGCCUGGGGAAGUGUUUCUAGUAGCCUUGAAAGGAGAUUAUGCCUUAGAAUUCCCAGACGACACUUGAAUUGGGCAAUAGUAUCAACCCAACAGCACCUGGAGAGUUGAGGUCAGCUUCUGUGCCCCAGAAAAUGAGCCAGCAGGUCAUUUGCCAGACUUGACAAUUCUUGUUUAUGGUGAUGAACCUUAGGGUGGAUUUGUGCUUUAGUCCUUCAGGAAGAGUGAUUCAGGCCAGACCUGCUUUUGUAUCUCCAGAGAGGGCAGAUCAGGAGGAGAGAAGAGUGAUCAGCAAAGAUCUCCAAGCCGGUUUGUAGUCGUACCUGCUUGUGUUAAGUGUUCUGUGUGAUGGUUCCCAAACACCCUAGGAAAAAGAAUCAGAUUGCUUUGGUAAACUUUGUCACAGUUGGGAGUGGGCAGAGAUAGAUCCCAAAUGGGACCAGAAUAAUGAGGAAGCCAGGCCAAGAAGCAGUGGUGUAUAAUAGGAAGAACACUGGACCUUGGCAUUCCCAGCCUGGCUGAUUCUAGACUGUCUGCCCUUUGUUCGAAGGGCCUUCUGUUGGGGUAGGGAGUUGUCUCGGGGUCCAGGAGGGCAGGUGUGUGGAAAUUAAGUGUGACUGGUUAAUAAGAGGGUGAAGGGAGCCAUAGCUGAAAAUGGGCUUCUGACUACCUGGCCUCAUGGAACAUUGAAAUGAAUUGGAAUCUGAUAGAUGCUCUCUUCUAAGAAUCCAUUUGUGUAAUGCCACAUGUCUCCUAGCCCAUUCCAAAGCAAGAAUGAAACCAGAAAUGUCCCUGGAUUGUUUUGAAACAUAUUCAAACCUGGCUGAUAUCUCUGGUAGGAUAACUCACUCCUAUCCCUGGUAGUGAGCAGAACUGGAAGGUUCCCAGUGCUGAGGAUUAGCCAGUCUCCCUUUUCCCAGGAUACCUAAAGGAAAAGGGUUUUGCAGAAAGCAAAAUCACUAAAUCUGGCAGUAGGGAAUGAAAGAUCCUCUGUAGGAGCUCUCUUGGGCAGAGCUUCUCCCGACUCUCUGCAGAUGCUGGGUCGGCCUUGCCAGGGUGGGGUGGGGUGGGGUGCCUGCUCUUUCCAGCAUGGCGGUGGGAGAUGUCAUUGAGUAGCAUCCUCUGCAUGCAGACCUUGUACAGCCGCAGCGACUCUGGUGUUCCCAUGAAGAUUGACCAGGUGGCUGCUGCCCACUUGUCCUUCCUCUACCCUGAUGUGUUUGGUACCACAGCUUCUCUUUCUCUGUGCAUUGUUUGAUCAAUGUUUAAUAAGCCUGUAAAGUCACUUCUAAUUUUUUUUAACUGAAUGUCAGAAUGUGAUAUAUUGUAUAUUUUAAAGUACUUACCCUAUUUAUGUACCUGUAUGUUACUGUUAUAUAAAGAAAUAUAUCAAUUAA